GAGAGAGAGAGAGAGAGAGGGAGAGAGAGAGCGGGGACGUUCAUAGCAACGCAAUUCUAUUAUUUGGUUUCUCGGGGUGAGGAAAGAAGAAAGGUUCUCCAGAAUUCACAUGGAGGAAGAUAGGGCAAAGAGCGCAGAGCCACCAGAAAAUAGGCCAAUUCGAGUAUACGCUGAUGGAAUCUACGAUCUCUUCCACUUUGGUCACGCCCGUUCUCUCGAGCAAGCCAAGAAGCUGUUUCCUAAUACUUACCUGUUGGUUGGGUGCUGCAAUGAUGAAAUCACUCACAAAUAUAAGGGUAAAACUGUCAUGACUGACAAGGAGCGAUAUGAGUCUCUUCGCCAUUGCAGGUGGGUUGAUGAAGUGAUCCCUGAUGCACCAUGGGUGCUUACACAAGAGUUCCUUGACAAACAUCAGAUUGACUAUGUGGCCCACGACUCUCUUCCUUACGCUGAUACAAGUGGGGCUGGAAAGGAUGUCUAUGAAUUUGUGAAAGCUAUUGGAAAAUUUAUGGAAACAAAACGAACUGAUGGGAUCUCAACAUCAGAUAUCAUAAUGAGGAUUGUCAAAGAUUACAAUGAGUAUGUAAUGCGUAAUUUGGCACGUGGAUACACAAGAAAGGAUCUGGGCGUUAGCUAUGUGAAGGAAAAGCGGCUCAGAGCACACAUGGGACUGAAAAAGUUGGGUGAGAGAGUGAAAAAGCAGCAAGAAAAAGUUGGCGAAAAGAUACAAACAGUAGCUAAAACUGCUCGUGUGCACCGAAAUGAAUGGGUGGAGAAUGCUGAUCGACUGGUUGCUGGGUUUCUUGAGAUGUUUGAAGAAGGUUGCCAUAAAAUGGGAACCGCCAUCAGAGAUAGAAUUCAGGAGCAACUAAGGAAGCCACAGUUGACAGGUUUAAUAUGUGACAAAGAUCACGAUGACGAGGAGGAUGAUGAUGAUGAUGAGUAUUACUAUGAUUACAGCACUGAGGAAGAGGAUUACAGUGAUGAAGACAAAUGAUAAGGCUUCUUUGUUAUUGAUUUGAGUGCCGCUAGUUUUGUGCCAAAUUGACAAUGCAUGUUUGUAAUUAACCACAACUAAAUUUAGGUGUUUUCUUUUUCCUCAAAACUGAAUCAAGAUUGUGGUUUAGUUUGUCAUCCAAAAGCAAUAAAUUUAUGGACUAAUAAUUUA